UGUACAUAAUUUGAAGUUACUCGGUGCUUAUUUACAGAAGUAGUGACAUCUUAUGAAUAUACAGUGCGCAUACAGCAGCAACACAUUAAACACAGUAUGCGAAAUAUAAUUCCAAAAGGUUCGAAUAAAUUACAGUUUAAGUUAGAUGUGAACAAAACCUUGAAUCGACCACUUAAUUAUUCUGUAUCCUGCCUGCCUUUUGUGUUUCUUGUAUUGUUUUACAGAUGAAAACUGAACACAUCAUCCGUGUAUACAGUAACGUUUAGUGUGGAAAAUAACGUUAAUUGUUUUACCAUAACGCGCAUAGUAUUCACACGAGUUCAUGCUGUGAGACAACAGCAUAGUGGCUUUAUGAACAGAAAAUUUAGGUGCUCAGAUUUAGCCGCUGGAUGUUUAAAGGGAGUGGCUCCCCAAUGCCUAUGUACUGGACAUAUGAGGCACUACCUAGGCUUUAGUCUCCAUUAUGCUAUAUUGAUGAAGUGUACUUCUACAGCGAUUACCGAGUGAUUUGGGAUCCAGCAAAUCAUUUAUCGGUAUUCAUCAUCAACACCCUCCAUCCUGAGACAGAAACCUGUUUUAGCUUCCACCUCAAAACGCGGAGCACAUAUUGCAGACGCAAAUCCCCACAAAUCGGCUUGCAGGCAGUCGGUGCGCAGUUAAAUCGAAGCGCGUGACGCCGAUCGCGGCGGCGUGGGAAAAACAGAUUGAAAGCAGCAGUGAGAGAGGAGCGGAAGUUCACCGAGCCAAAUACAUGUCCGGUAGACGGGAAUUUGCUAUCUGCAGACGUGUUCAGCAUCCGGCGCCCGUUCAUUCUGCGAAGAGUUUUCUUCAUCACCUGCCCAUUGAUAUCUUGGUGAGCCUGCUUAACUUUUGACCUGGCUGCAGUAAUGGGACGAAAACUGGACCUUUCAGGACUGACUGAUGAUGAGGCAGAACAUGUGCUUAGAGUGGUACGGAGAGAUAUGAACCUGCGCAAGAAAGAGGAGGAUCGCCUCAGUGAUUUGAAGCAUGAGCUGGAGGAGGAGGGCGCACGCUGUCUGCUGCUGGCCAAGCAGCGUGGCUUUAACGAGCAGUGCUGCAUUCGCUGCUGUGGGCCAUUCAGCUUCUUUCUCAAGCCGCGCCGUGUCUGUCUUGACUGUCGUUUCAACAUCUGCAAAGCCUGCUGCUCCUACAGCCAGCACGAGAAUGGCUAUGUCUGUGCCUUUUGCCAAAAGAGCAGGCUCCUGAGGGCCCAGUCUUUGGAAUGGUAUUAUAACAAUGUCAAGAGUCGAUUUAAGAGGUUUGGCAGUGCUAAAGUCCUCAAGACCCUCUACAGGAAGCACAUUAUUGAGAGAGGGGUAUUGUCAGAGUUACCAGAGGUGAGUGCUCCUGAAGGCAGCAAUGAUAACGAUGGCAGUGUGUGUGGCAGUGACUCGGCAUUCUCCAAGCAAAGUGAAAGUCACAGCAUAGCAGAGACUCUCACUGUUGCCCUACGUGUUGCUGAAGAGGCCAUAGAGGAAGCAAUCACUAAAGCAGAGGGCUACAGGGACAGUCUGGAGAAGCAGAAUGAAGCUCGAUAUCUGCGUGAUCAUAGAGACGAGCUCAUAGAGGAGCUUGCAACCACAAUUGUUCAAAAAAUUAUUCAGAGGGGGAAGCAGCGUUCAGAGAUGCAGGCAGAGUAUGACUUUGUUUGGUCUCAGACUCACAACAGUGACUUGCCCUCCCCUACCUCAGCAUCAAACACAUGCAACACUUCUCAGCCCAGUACGGUCACACAGGCCUGUCGCAAAAACUCCUGGCGGUCCCUGUCAGCAUUAUCCCUGACUAGUGACGAGUCCCCAGACAAAACGCCUGAAGCAGACAAGGUGUGUGAAGCUGCAGAACCAGAGCCAAAUCUUGAGAUUUACUCAUCUUUGCGGAGAGAGUCACGAGCAUCCAUACUGGGGUGGAAAAAUGUGGAUCGUCUGGACAACUCCAGUGCUUCCUCUGUGCUACAGUCUCCGGAUGGGAACUGGAUCGCCUUACAGACUUCCCAGCAUUCCCGGCCGAGCCUUUUAACCAAACGAAAGAGCUUGGUGUUCAGUGUGCUAGAGAAGGAAUCUGGCGUGGUUUCAGCAUAUGACGAGAUGGGGUCAGAUUCAGAGGAUGGAGCAGAACGUGAUAGCUGGGGGCUUGCACUGCUGCAAUUCCGCCAGCGUCUCUCAGAAGAAACACGAUCAUUGGACUCUCAGCGUGACACAGAGCACUAUCUACCUAUAACCUCACCCUCCUCGGGUCACUUCACCAACACAGAGACCCUAAAUUCAGAUUCUGAGAACUCUAUUGCUCCCCCUACUCAAACACGCAUCCCUGUUCACAAUGUUACCCAGAGAAACAAAGCUUCACCUGAACCCUACCUUCCCUACAUGACCUAUGAGCAUUACAGACCUGCUGUUAGGCUGUCACACUCACCAAGGCUUGGUGCUCUGGAUGUGAAUUUUAAUCCUCAGGUGGUUGGAGACAGCAGUGAAGGGGAGGAGCAUGCAGAGCAGAUCCGAAGGUUGCGGCGUAGGAAGCGGAACAAACGCGAGUCAGCUGACCAGAGCCAUGUACGUAGUGCACUCUACACAGGGGAGAACAACACUCUCCUGUUCAACACCAUGAUGAUGAAACGACAGGACAGCCAGGAGACUCCAUCAACUCUUACAUCUCCCACCUAUCAAUCUCCAGACACUGUGAUGCAACCCAACAAUGUGACCUCCACUGCCAUGACUCCUGAAUUUGUAUAUCAGAACACAGUAGCCUGUAACCCUGUGCUCCCUAGUUCGAUGAUGCAUAACCAAUCUGAAAAUGACACUUUGGACCAUGAACUGAGGUCAAAACUCUCUGAACUGGUUGAUCAAAUUAGGAAGGAGGAUUUGACCUCUUCAGAUGAUGAGCCAUUCCGAAAAGUCAUUGAUAGGCAACGUGAUGGAGAGAGGGAGGAAGAAAGUGAUGGAGUAAGACAGAGAGAGAGAAAGAAUGAGGCACAGAAAGAGAGUAGUAAUGGCAAAAUGGAGAUGGAGAGGAAUAAAAGGAAAAUGGAAAGACUGAGUGAAAGAUGGCUAGAAAGACAGAUUAGCAGGGAGUGUGAGGAAAGUGAUGUGGUGCGUCAGAGACUUAGAGAGACAGAUCGGAAAAGAGAAGGAACCAAUGAAUUAGAGAGACAAAUGGAAAAACAGCAAGAUGGGUACAGGCAACAAAAAACAGUGAGACAAAGGCAAGUCAGAAAAGUGGAGACAGAAAGUGAGAAUGAAAGAAAAGCAGAAAAAGUGAAGUCAGUAGAAAUAGAGCCACACACGCUAGCUCAAGUCAAUGGGCUUAGCAUGAGAAGAGACCUACAAGUGAAUGAAACACAGCAAGUGACAAUAAUUACUGAGAAAGCAAAAGAUGACGAAGUGAAUAUAAAGAAGAGUGUGGAAGAACACAGUGAGAAAGGACAUUAUUUGACUGAGGAUAGCCUCAGCCUCAGCACCCCCUCUGGCCCAGAGGAGCAAAUGUCUCAAACAGAGAAGUAUUCAGCCGCUUCCCUAUGCAGCAUCACCACAGAGGUUCUGAAGGUCCUAAAUGCCACAGAGGAAUUAAUCGGGGAGGCUGAAGGUCAUGACCCCCACAAGUCUCCAGCUGGGACACCACUCUCUUCUGGCCCAGACAGCAGAAAACUGGACCAGCAUCUUACCAAGAUGGAAGAGAAUGUGUACUUGGCUGCAGGUACUGUGUAUGGCCUGGAGGGGGCACUGAGUGACCUGGAGGACUGCGUUCGCAGUAUCAGCAGUUCCACUACUGAAACAGAGCUGGCCUUCCUGGAGGAUCAGGUGGCUACUGCGGCUGCUCAAGUGCAACAGUCUGAGCUACAGAUCUCAGACAUUGAGGCAAGAAUAUCAGCACUUAAAAAUGCUGGCCUGAAUGUGUCCUCGCGAUUUCCCAGGCUCAAGCCUCAGACCUUGGAUUCCUCACGUCAGCAGAGAAGAAAGCUGCCUGUUCCACCUGCCAUAGGAAGCCACCCUGCAGACUUUCUAGUGCGCUAUUUUAGGAGAUUUGCCAUUUUGUAGUCAUGUCCAAAAGCAUAGAGGAAAAGUCAGAGGCAGAGUUGAGAUCUUUUCAGCCAUGACUGUAACAGACACAACCUCCAUCCUGGUCUGUGAACCUCAACCUUAUCUAACUACAUCUUGCCCUUUCUGCCUACUGACCGUCAGGCCCACACCAGUGCCUUGAUCCAAAUAUCAGCUCCUAUAAAGCUCCUCAGCCAACCCCCAGUCUCACAAAAAACAAAAAACAUCCCAAUGAACAAGAGAGAUUUUAUUGGAUUCCAUAUGAAUGAAGUUCCCACCUCAACCCUUACACAUCUGAAGCAUAUUGGGAUUUGCAGUGUUUUCUUGGCGCCAACUCUUCCUCUCUAUCGGAUCUCACUCCAGAGCCCCUGAACAUUCGUAACCAAACAUUGGAGUUUUACUACACUUCUGUGCUCCACUUCCCAGGGACUUGCUCUGUUCUUUCUGCCUUAAAGGAGUCCACACUCCUCUACAAUCAAUCACAGGGAGUAUAUUCACAGAUGCUCCAUAUAUAGAAAGUUUUACAUAUAUGUUUUACGUAUAUGAUUGUUGUAAAUGUCACAUUGUUGUAUUCUUGAAAUUAAUUGCUGAAGUGUUAAGUGUUUAAGUUCUGAUUCUGUAUGUUGACAGUGUGACAAAAAAUAAUUGUGUAUGAUCUGUGUUCCCAAAAAGAGUCCAAACUGUAUUUGGUAAGAAUAUUAUAUGUGUGAAAUGUCAUGGUGGAACUAAAAAAAAUAACUACUGAAGGACCUUUGUGAAGCAGAGAUGUAUCCUUUUUUUUCAUGUUUUAUGUUUAAUUUCCAUGCAAUUAUACCACAAAUUGUGUGGACAGUGAUAACUGAGGUUCAGGAGAGGGGGAAAAUUAUGCAUUUAAAACAAUUAUCAUAUUUAAAGCCCUUCCUUCAUUAAGACAUAAAUGGUCACAUAUUGUUUCAUUUGACCUUUUAUUAAGUGUGUGUGUGUGUGUGUGUGUGUGUGAGUAAUGUGCAUGCUGUGAUACAAUGUCUGAUUUCCUAAUCAGUAUGGUUGGCUGCCUUUCCACAAACAGGCACACACACAUGCAUUCAAGCAUCCACCUACACACAGAUCUGUAUUUCCUUAAGACUCCUUCUGUGUGGUGGGAGUGGGGGCUGUCUAUAUAUAUGUAUAUAUAUAUAUAUGUGUGUGUGUGUGUGUGUGUGUGUGUCUACCAUACUGUGUGUGUCAGUGUACAGGGCAGUGUAUUUCACACAAGUUCCCAAAUCAGAUUGGACUCUUAAGUGACUGAAUUGUGUAUGCCAAUUAUCAGAUCAAAUCAGAAGCACGGCUAUAAUUUAUGUGAGUGCUGUUGACUUUGCUGCCACAAUAUUCUCAUCACUAUGACCCCUAGAUGUAACAGCAAUGUUUAGAUGUGUUUAACCUGGAGAAUCACCUUCAUUACAGUGCUGAAUAUGUGGCCAGUAGAAAACUACAUUCCACACUGAUACUAAUCACUGAGAAUUUGGUCCAUAAUUCCAUAUAUAUACAGUUUGUUAUUAGAAGCUAAUCUGUCUGUGUGUGCAUGAAUUUGGGUAUAAUUUCCUCCAGAUUAGCCAUUGCAUUAGUAUUGCAUUCAUUUUAGAAGAUAAAUAUAUCCUUUAUUGUCACAUAUCUAAAUUAUUUGCUUUGCAUAUCCUAGCUUAUUAGGAAGCUGAAGUCAGAGCACACAAUCAACCAUAAUUCAGAAGCUGUGGAUCAUAGAGGGUUAAGGACCUUGCUCAAGGACCUGAAAGUGGCCGCUUGGUGAUCUGAUCGGUAGCCCAGAGUCUUAACCACUGAGUUACCACUGCCCCAUUUAAUUCAUAAUACAACGAAAUAAUCUAUACUUAUUUCUAUAUUCUAAAUUGGAUUAUAAAUUGUUUUUGUUGCUAUAGUGAAAAACCAUUAGAUCAAGGGUUUAUCCAAAACACUACUGUUUGAUAUGAGUUCUUAUUAGAAUUAAAUUUCAGUACCAAUCAUUAAGAAGACUUAAAAUAACAUGUGACAAUAUCCAUAGAUAGUUGCAUCAGAAAGAAAAGUCAGUAUAAUAUAUAUCACCAUAACAACUGCCUAUUACAUAACUUCAGUCUUCAGCUACACUCUUAGAAGAAAGGGUCCCUUAAGGGUUCUUUGGAUAUUUAAGUAUUCAUUAGGAUCAUAGAGAGGUUCUACUUACAGCCAUCUCUCAUGGGGGAUACUGUUUUGUAGGAUUCUACUUCAGUUAAACUGAAGAACCAUUUAGACUCUACAUUUGAACUUUUUUCCUAUGUUCACCCUAGUAAAUUACAAAGCAACAAGCAGCUGUUCAUUUUCUGUGACGUGUGUCUGUGACAUGGAGCUGUGACUCUGACGACAUAGAGACAGAGCAACAAGUGACUUUUAAAUCGAAAUUUUCUUAAUUCUAUGCAAAUUAAGAAAAAAGUUUAAAGCAACAAAUGCAAAUGAUCGUCUCCAGUUAAUUCCUCAGAUCAGUCCUACAGUGCAGGGUUGUCUGUUGUCCCUACUCUACUGUCUUCAGUUCCUACCUGUGUUUAGCCCAUAUUCAACCGCAUUUGGCAGUCAAACAUGAAAGACAAAGCCAUGUGCAUGAAUUUUACAGUAAAGUAAAUAGAUACCAUUUUUGACUAUUACCGUAUCAUAUCAGAACCUAAAAAGCCAAACAGUGCACAUCCACAAGCAUCAACUAUUGAGGUCAGUAUAUGGCCAGUAACUCACAAGAAAUAAACUGCAAGCGACAUGAUCAAAAUUUCGCUUUCUAGUGUGAGUGCAGAGUAAUAGGUUGUUAGGAAGUGAAAACUCUACAUAAAUCCACAAACUCAGCUAAACAUUACAGGUCACAGAAACACAGGUACAGUCUUUAGCUAUAUGUGACAGAUAACCUUACAAUUUUAUUUCUUAUCCUGUCAUUUCACUGUGAUAUUUGUAAACUAACUCGCUGCUCACGGUAUUGAUUUGUGUCCUCCAGAGUUCGAUCAUGACAUCUUUAACCCCUUAAAGUUUAAUUAUUCAGCUAUUAUUCCUUAAAGCAUAUUAUUCAGUAACUACAGUGAAAUUAAUAGAAAAGCUAUGUAGUCACUGGGGUCAGAAAAGUGUAUUUGGGGAACUUAAAUAGUUAUGUCUCAUAAUUUUGUGUUACAUCUACUGUUUUAGAUAUUUUAUAUGUGUUUGCCUUAGGUGGUGUCUGAGCAUAUGGAAUGGGAGAAAUUAUACCUCUGGAAAUUAAAACUAUUAAACACACUUUCAUAAUAAACAUUAAAUUGAUUUUAACAAUUUAGCUUGGUUUAAUAGAGAUUUUUCUUUCGGCAUUUAUAUGAGCAGACUUUCUGUAAUCCUCAUGACAAAACUGUUGCAGUGACAGAACUCAAUCUCUCAAUAGUUAGCUGAAACAGGAGGCUUUAGGGCAGUGUUAAGGAAAUAGAAUUAAAUGAUCAACAAGAUCAUGCUCUGAGCAGUGUGUUUGUUCUGUAAUACUACUAUCAGACACUUUUGGGGGGUUUUUCCACCAUCUCAAAUGGGUCCUGUUCAUGGUUGUCUAUGAUGAUGUCUGUGUAUAAAUGCAUGUUUCUUCUUUCACAUAGAUGUACAAAUUUCCCAAGAAAAAGCACAGUCGAGAAGUAGACAACAUCCUGUAUUUUUCUAUUGUGAAAAGAAGUAGUAUGGAUGUGUUAGUUAUAUACCGGAUGUGUUAGUAAGAAUUACAAGAAUUGUCAUUAUGACAUAUUGUGUGCUACUCAUUGUGUGUCUAGUUUCUGAUGAUUCAUCUUGUGUUUUGAAGGAGAAGAGAGGUGGUGAAGUCUAGAAACUGCACUCCCUCUCACCAUUUCAUUGUGACAUUUUAAGCCAUUGCAUUUUUGCAUAAGGACAACAAUCAAAGCAAUGAAAAUGUGCUCAGAUUCCCAUUUGUCCUAAAUAAACUUUGUAUACCUGA